UUUUUGUUUUCGAGAAGGUAAACAUCUGCCCAGUUACGCCUCACAUUUUAGGAGCAGAAUAGUCUUUAGUUUUCGUGUUGUAGUGUACACCUCGCGGAUUAUAACCUUAAAAAAGAACUAAAUUAAUUAAUAAUUAUUUUUUAAUCCGGGUGAAUUGUUCGUCGAAAUGAAAGUGCCUAAAAAAAAUCAACAACCAAAUUGUUCGAGUAAAUCUAGUCGGCAAAGAACGAGAAAACAUGGAAAUAAAGAUAACAAUAGCAAAGAAAAAGUGGAUGAAUUACUGAGAAUUUGUUUACAAAAAGUUUGCGAGUUACAAAAAGAUUUGGAAAAAGACGAAUUUGAGGAUACUUUUGAGCAGGGCUAUUCUGCUUGCGCGAAUGAAGCAAUGAGGUUUCUAACCGAGCAAGGACUCCCAAAUAAUCACCCCAUCAUGCAAAAUUUAGUAGAAAAAUUUUUAAACCCAAAACCAUAAUUUAUCAUCGUCUUUUUUUGUAUUCUAGUCAUUUAUUUAGAGACUGCUUAAGGAUUUAUUAGAAUUUCGAUUUAAUCUAGUCAUUUAUAUCAGUAGAUUUAAGAAAUUAAAAACGAACUAGUCAUUUUUAUUAAGAAAUUUUUUGUAAAAUAAA